GCGGUCGCAGUGAAAAGGCGGAGGCGGCGGCCGCUCCGGCUCGGCUCCGCGCGCAGUGCCUCCCCCGCCGCACCCCCUCCACGCCGCCCGCACCCGCCAAACUUGAUGUGACCCCGGCCCGACGCGGCGGCCGCCCCUCUCACCGCCCCGCGCGCCCCCACCGCCACCCCACCCCGCCCCGCACCCAGGAGCGCACCGCUCACCGCGUCCCUCCCACCCCCUCGCCUGGGCCGGCGCCGCGCUCGCCCUCCGCGCUCCCUUCCUCUCGGCACCCCCCGCCCCCCCGCACCAUGAGCAACCUGAAGCCGGACGACGAGCACAGCACCGGCACCGGCACCGGCACCGGCACCGGCACGGGCACGGGCUCCGGCGGCGCCCUGGAGGAGGAGGUCCGCACCCUGUUCGUCAGUGGCCUCCCUGUGGACAUUAAGCCCAGGGAACUCUACCUGCUCUUCAGGCCGUUCAAGGGGUACGAAGGGUCCCUGAUCAAGCUCACAUCCAGACAGCCUGUUGGUUUUGUGAUCUUUGACAGCCGGGCAGGAGCAGAAGCAGCCAAGAAUGCGUUGAACGGUAUCCGCUUUGAUCCCGAGAACCCGCAGACCCUGAGGCUGGAGUUUGCCAAAGCCAAUACCAAGAUGGCCAAGAACAAGCUAAUGGCUACACCGAAUCCCACCAGCGCCCACCCCGCCCUCGGAGCACACUUCAUCGCACGGGACCCCUAUGACCUGAUGGGGACUGCUCUGAUCCCCACAUCCCCAGAGGCCUGGGCCCCCUACCCUCUGUACAGCACAGAGCUGACCCCGGCUAUCUCACACGCUGCCUUCACCUACCCAGCUGCCACUGCUGCUGCCGCCGCCGCCCUGCACGCUCAGGUGCGCUGGUACCCGUCCUCCGACACCACCCAGCAAGGAUGGAAGUACCGUCAAUUCUGUUAGUUCCUCAGUCUUGUUACCACAGCUGGACGCUCCUGCCCCCCGCUGGGGAGGAAGCUGCCCGCGGGCCUGCAGCUUCCACCGGCUGGGCGGGGAGCCGCUGCUUUCCUCCAAAGACUGUGAAUUUUAAGCCUGACUCAGUGGACUGCUUCCUGUUCCUCUCCCUCCCCUCCCCCGGCCCCGCCCCGCCCAGAGCCCUCCUCCCAAGGCCUCCGGGGAGGGUUCUGGGACACUCGGACCCGGUGCCGGGGCCUCCCUGGGGCCACGCGAGGCCCGGCCUCCCGUCCGAAAACUUGCUUUUUGUAGCUUCACCUCGGAGAAACAAGGCGUUUGAUUUUGCAUGUUUUCUGGCAUGAAUUAAGACACUUACACUUGUGUAUAUGUGAGUGUACAGUUUGUUCUCACACUGUGUCACCAUAGCAACAGGUCCUGGCCUAUAAUGGUUCAUCAUUCCUGGUCCCGCUCUCCACACCCCUCCCCUGCACCCGCCCCACUCCUGUGGGACCCGCGCCUGCCGCCAGUUCCACCAGUUCCACCGCCCCACACGUCCCGGCUGGGCAGCCACGGCCGGCCUGGCAGAGGGUUCCUUUUCCGUUUCCCAUCGGGGUCCCCCGCUCCCUCCGACGGGCUGGCCGCUGUUCAGAGCAUCCCGUCUCUGCCCGUUCCGCUCACCUCUCCACCGCACACCCCACCCCCGCCACGGCUCCUCAUUCUUUCCAAACUACGAAACCAACCGAAAAGUGAAAGUAUUUUUGUACCCUGUGUAACAAAAUAUUUAUGCAUCAUAAAGGAUUUUUCAUGUGUGUGUGCAAUUAAUUAUUGAGGAGACCUUGUUCGCCCCGUCAGAUACGUUUAAUGUUUAGUUUGAGGCGUGAAGAAGAAAGGGUUUCCAUUCUCCGGCCCGAACCUUUGUGUCGUGUCGGGCGUCCGUUUAAG